UAAACAAAAUUUAAUACAAUCAAUUUUCACAUCUCCAAAUGAAUAUAAAAAUAAAAUAAUUAAAGAUAUUUAUGAAUGCUGUAAAGAUUUAUUCCAACGUGAUAGAGUAUUACAACUAGUUUUAAGCAAUAAAGAAUAUUAUAAUAUACAUAAUAAUAAUAAAAUCGAUAUUAUAGAUAUAGUAUUCAACACAAUAUCAAUAGAGAAUCAAAAUCAAUUAUUAGAUAUGAAAUUAUAUUUUUUGCCUGAUUAUGUUAAGCAAAAUGACCAAAACCAAAUAGAUAAUAUAAUUAAUAAUAAUAAAGAUAUCAAUAGAAUAAUAAAACUAUUAGAGUAUAUUAGAAAAAAUAUCAAAAAGGAUGAUGAUGAUGAUGACGAUGAUGACGAUUAUGUCGAAGGUGUCCAUUAUGUCGAUGGUGUCCAUUAUGACGAUGAUGACGAUAAUGUCGAAAGUUUUCAAUUCAAUUAUUUUUCAAAUGAAGAAUCAAUCAAAUUAGAAAAUUUAAAACUAGUUUUACAAAACAACACAAAUAAUUGGAAAAAAAUCAAAAAUUAUUAUUCUAGGGUAUCAUUUAAAACAGAUAUAGAAACAAUCAAAUUUUAUUUCAAAAAUCAAAACCAUUUAAAUUUUAUGGAAUCUGACAUUUGGGAAACAAUAGGGGAUAUGUUUCAUAAGUACGUUUGCAAAAUAGAUAAAAAAAAGUUCUGCCAACUAAUUGAAUCAAUACCACCAUGUAAAUAUGAAAUUUAUUCAUUAUGGAAGGAAGUGGUUAAAAGAACAAAAACAACAAUACCAACUGAAAUAAUUACAGACUCUAUUAAAUAUAAUGACAGUUCAUGUGACAAUUAUAAGAAAAAUAAAAAAUCACCGGGAAUAACAACAACAUUACUUGUAGUCAAAGAUAAACAAACAGUCGAUUUAAUUUCAGAUAUCUUGAGUUUGUAUGAACAAACAAAAGGUUUCGAUCCCGAAUUCUCUAUGUUAGAUAUCAUGGGCUCUCAUUAUAAUGAUCUACCAAAAAUAGAUGAGAACACCUUCAAAUUCAAUAAUGUUGAAUUAUUUAAAUAUAUAGAUAAAAAAAUUUUUAAAUUAUUUAAUUUAAAUAUUUUCAAAGAAACACCCAUAAGAACCAAGAAAGCUAAGGAAACUAAACUCAUUGACGAUACUUUUUUGGAAAUACCACUCAAAAAUGCCAUGGAAACAUUUAAUUUAAAAGAAUUAAAAUCAAUAUUCGAACUUACCAAAGAUUAUAGUUUAUCUAGACUAUACUAUUCAUACAAGAAACCAAAUCGACCACUAUCAUAUCAAGAUAUUACACAACUCACUGAAAUCAUCAAACAUUUUAUCAACAUCAAUUGUCCUCAAGGUGUUUAUUAUUGUUUAGAUCUAAUGCCAGAAGGAGAUUAUGAACACACUGAAAAAGAUAACUAUUUAACCAAUUUAUUUAAUAGUUGUGAAGUAUUAACCACUGUAUUCGCAAUUUCAAUCAAACUAUUAUCAGUACACAUCAUCAAACUAUUAAUCAACAAAUAUCAUUACAAUGCAGAUGUUGAAAAUAAAUUACCAAAUUAUAUCAGUAGCUUUAUAAAUGUUGAAAACCUCAAAACUAAUAGAAACCGUCCUAUUCCUUUGUCUUUUUACAGUAACCAAUAUUGUGAAAUUAAUUUUCAAAGAUAUUAUAAUAUUAAUAUUGAUGAUAUCGAAGCAACUACAAAUAAAUCCCAAAAUAGAAAACGACAACGAUCAAUAUCAAAUAUCGAUUAUGAAAAUUAUAUUUUUACUCCAACACCCAAAGUCCAUAUUUAUCAAGGUGAAGCUCUUAAAAUUGUUAUCAACAUAUUAUUCAAAAUAUUAAUUCAAAGUAAAGGUGAAGUACCACUUGAAAAGAUCAAAUCAACUUAUCAAUUCAUAAACAAAUCUGGUGUAACUACAGUUCAACAAUCAACAUUAUUUUCAAUUUACUAUCUUGCAAAUAAAUCAUUAACACUCAUCAAAUAUUUACUUGGUUUACCAAUCUUUCGCAAAGUUGGCGACCUUUUGGCCCAUAACUGGGAUGGUACUAUUUACACUCAAGAUAGUAAUAAUAGCUUUGAACCUCGUAAUAAAAAAAAGGGUAAUAUAAUUUUAAAUUUAAACGACCUCAUAGAUCCAGAAGUAUUUUCAUUUGAAUAUAUAUUUGGUAAUAAUGGUUGUAUUUGUUGUGAUAAUGGUGCAUCAUGUAUCGAUAUUAUAGAAAAGCUUCAUCAAAAUAUUUUUAACAACUCAUUCACAAUCUUAAAAGAAUCACCUCCUUUCAAAACAAUCACUGACAUUUAUAUUCAAACUAUAAAAACCUUGUUCUUCUUUCAAAGAUAUGAUUUAUUUUUAAAAUACUUAGAAGAAUUGAGACUCAAACACAAUGGCUAUGAUGAAAAAAGCAAUGGUUUUAUUAUAAUUUCAAACAUUAUUCAAACUGGUGACCAAACUUUAAUAUCCACAGUAUUAAAUGAAUACAGCGAAUAUUGCGUUCUUUCAACUUUAGGAAUCUGCGAUUUAUUAAUAUAUAAUGUCGAAAAUAACACCAAUAUUGGCCAAUCUUUAACAAAAAACGAAAUUAUUAUUAAUGAAAAGGAUUUUCAUCCAGAUACAGUAUUUGCUCUUCACCAUUUAAUAUUUGACGAUAAAAGCAAAUUUAAAUUCUCAUUUAACAUCGAACCAUACCAAAUACCAUUCAAACUAUAUCAAUUCCUCCUCAACACCUAUCCAAAUAAUACUCUAUUAAAACCAUCAAAAACAAUAAUUGAUGAUGCUAUAAAAAGAGAUAAUAUUAUCUUCCUAAAACAACUCUAUCAAAAUAAUCUUAUCAAUGAUGACAUCGAUAACACCAACAAUGAAUAUAAUCAACUACUAUCCCAUUUAAAACAAAAACUAUCAGAACAUAGAAAAUAA